CUCAUAUAGUAGUAAAUUAUUGUUCGGUAGCACGUAAUUAAUAAUUAGCUAGCUGUAGUCUUGACACGAAAAACAAGAAGAAGCACAUGGCAUGAAAGAAAAAUAAACGCUCCCGGUCAUUUCUCGUUCUUCUUCUCUUUGAGGCAUGGUGCUCUUGUUCGCUUUCCCAAUCCCACACUCCAAUUAUAGUGCUGGCAUGACAACGAUAACAGCAUUAUUGUGCUUACAUCUUCUCCUCUUCACAGUAGUAAGAGUGAACUCAAUAGAACCCUCAUCAUCAUCUGAGGAUCCCUACAAGAUUCUCAACAUAAUCCCCAAUCCAGACGGCACUUUCACCCGCCUCCAAAACUAUCCAGAGACCCCUCCCUCACCAGAUCCCACUCUCCCCAUAUCCGUUCUCUCCAAGGACCUUACCAUCGACCAAUCCAAGCACACCUGGGCGCGGAUCUACCUACCCCGCCAAGCACUCAAUACUCCCCCUAACCACCCCAACCUUCCCCUCAUCGUCUUCUACCAUGGCGGCGGUUUCAUAUUCUACCAUGCCAACUCCACCUACUUCCACGACUUCUGCGUCCGCAUGGCCAACGCCACCCAAUCCGUCGUCGUUUCCGUCGAUUACCGCCUUGCUCCGGAGCACCGCUUGCCGGCGGCGUACGAGGACUCGGUGCAGGCGCUGCACUGGAUCAGAGCCUCCAAUGACUUGUGGCUGGCUCACGCUGAUUUCUCCCGAUGCUAUCUCAUGGGAGAGAGUGCUGGAGGAAACAUAGCGUACAACGCGGGUCUACGUGCAGCCGCGGAGGCAGACCAGAUCAGGCCGCUGAAGAUCAAAGGGAUGAUAUUGAUUCAGCCGUUUUUCGGAGGGAAGAAGAGAACUCCGUCGGAGCUGAGGCUAGCGAAGGACUUGAACUUGCCACUGGCGGUUACGGAUUCCAUGUGGAAGCUAUCGCUGCCAGUUGGCGCUGACCGGGAUCACGAGUAUUCGAAUCCAACGGUGAAUGGAGGGGCAAAGGUGUUGGCUAGUAUAAGGGAGCUUGAGUGGAGGGUUGCAGUGUGGUGUGAUGGGGACCAGCUGGUGGACCGCCAGAAGGAGCUCGUGAAGCUGCUAAAGGACAAGAGAGUGGAUGUGGUGGGCCAGUUUUAUAAUGCUGGUCGCCAUGGCAUUUUUGUUGGUGAUGCUUCCAUGUCCACCAAAGUCUUCCAUUUACUUAAAACUCUUCAUUGAUCCACAUCAUUUUACUACUUUCCAUCUUCCUUCCGUUAAUGUAUCUUCUCUAAUUAUUUUCAUAUUAUCCACACGUGAAUAAAAUCAUGGAAAAAUUUAGGGCGACCAA